AUGGCUUCUGCAAGUGACGUCCGAGCAAUUCUGCAGCUUCCCCCGACCUUUGCCGGUCCAUCUCAGCUCAAAAAGCCUUCUGCACCUGGUCCCCGAAAACCUGAGGGCAUUUCUCGAGAAUUAUACUCGUUAAUUGGUGAUUCAGCCCCUACGCUUGUAGCACAAUACUCUCGACCGAAAUUCAAACCGAAAUUGGACCUUGGUGCUAGGAACAGGACUAGUGACAGUCUGGAAUUGUUUCAUUGGGCGAAAGUGGGAAUUGAAGAGAAGGAGUCUAAAUUCUCCAAGUACAACGUACCCUCACAAGUAUAUUCGUACACACAAGAAGAAUAUGACAAGCAUUUACAGGAUGAAGCGUGGUCAAAAGAGGAGACAGACUAUUUGUUUUCGUUGGCCAAGGAGUACGAUCUACGCUUCCUAGUAAUGGCGGAUCGAUAUCAGUUUCCUGGAGGCAAAUCACGGCAAAUAGAGGAUCUCAAGUCUCGAUAUUAUGGUGUUUGUCGUCGUCUAAUUCGCAAUCGCCCUUGGAUGGGAGAUGAGGCCUCUAAAAACCAGCUUCUUGCGAGCUACAACUUUGACCCAGAGCAAGAAAGAAACCGCAAAGCAUACCUCAAUGGUCUAUUUGAUCGAACGCCGGAACAGAUAGCCGAAGAAGAGCAAUUGUACGUAGAGAUCAAGCGGCUCGAGCUCAAUGAACGACGAUAUUCGAAGGAACGUGAAGAGCUCCUGAGAACAUUCGCUGGCGUUGAAAGUGGAUUACCAAAUCUGCCCGCAAAUUGGGACAUCGCUGCCAGUGUUGCCAUGGACAAGAAGCGGAAAAAGAGGCUUGAGGGAGAGAUAUCACUCGAUAGCCCUGUUGGACCCGGCUCCGGGAUGAGUCUAUUUUCGCAGAAGCGUAGGGACACUGGAAAGUCUUCAGCUACGGACAUGUUGCAUUGCAUUGUGCGCUACGAUCCCCCUUCAAUUCUUUCCUCCACCAAAUCGAGCGCACCCGUUCACCUUCGCAGUUCUCGGAUACCCGUGCCAAAAUCCAGUCAUCACUCUAAAGUCACAACUAUUCUUGCCGAGUUAGGAAUAUCAACUUCAAGGCUAGUCAUGCCAACUGCGACAAACAUUGCACGGCUAGAAACACUCCAAGCUGCUGCUGUGAACGUGAUGGAGAUGAAAAAGAGCCUCGACAGAGUGGAACAGGACAUCAGAAUCAUGGAGGCCCAACUUAACGUUCGAGAUAGUGAGGCUCCAGCUGAGGAGGAUGGAAGACAACAAAGUUUGGAAGCUGGGGCUUCGACCCUUGCACAGAAAUUCGUGGACAAGCAAGCGCACCAGCGCAAACGCUCUGUGUCUACCUCAUCAGCGGGUACCUCGGUUGCGCGAGGGGCUACAAAGCGUGUCAAGAGAGAGUGAGGUGACGGGAUGCGGCAGCGGCAAACAUUGGUUCACUGUACUGUAUAAUAUGAAAUUAGGUGUGUCAGUGAGAACGCGAUGCGACUUGGUAUUCAAGGAAGGAUGGAUCCGUU